AGAAAUAUAAAAGGAGAUGCCUGGAACAGGUUUGGCAUUGCCAGAGAAAUGCAAACCUGAGUCAAGACAGAUCAUGGGCUACAUGACCAAAUAUUGCAUAUAGCUAAACAAUCCGGGGAAAAAGAAGAGGCGUCGUUUCUACCAUGGUUAAUCAACAAAGUGAGAAGCUGUUUGAAUAAUCUGGAGAGUGUGGGAUGACUGAGAGUGUUUCUGCAAUGGAUAGCUCUGAUGAGGAGGAAUAUUAUGAUGCAUCAGAUUCCUUCCCUGACCCAUGCUGUGAGGAAGGAAAGAACACUCCAGCACCAGAGUCCGAACAUGUUCCUCCACCAGGGGAAGUACUAGUUCUUGAUUCUGACCAGGACACAGUUUCUCUUGGCUUUCCACCCACUGAAAACUCUGCUGGGUUUAGACUACAGUUAGAUUACUCCUGUGAAACACACAGAGGCUGUUUGACUGUUGAUGACUCCAGCCCUGUGAAGGUUGAUGGACUGAUACCUGGCACUGAGUAUACCUUCAGCAUCACAAGGAUUGCAGACAAUGGAAAUCAAAGCAAAGCAACCUCGCUAUCUGUCUUCACAGAGCCCAGCCCUCCUGUGCAGAUUACAGUCGACCAGGUCAGCAGCGAGUCACUGUCUCUGCAUUGGGACCCCCCUGCUGGUGAAGUGGAGAGUUACAUUGUGACUUGUUGCAGUGACGGAGACAUUAUGAAAGAGACAACUGACACAAACAAGAUGACAUUCAGCAACCUGAAGCCAGGGGAGUCUUACUUUCUAGAGGUUUCUACAAAACUUCGGAAUGGAAGAAUAAGCAGGCCAACUGUAACGUCUGCCAACACAAAUGUUCCUCCACCAGGGGAAGUAACAGUUGUUGAUUCUGACCAGGACACAGUUUCUCUUGGCUUUCCACCCACUGAAAACUCUGCUGGGUUUAGACUACAGUUAGAUUACUCCUGUGAAACACACAGAGGCAGUUUGACUGUUGAUGACUCCAGCCCUGUGAAGGUUGAUGGACUGAUACCUGGCACUGAGUAUACCUUCAGCAUCACAAGGAUUGCAGACAAUGGAAAUCAAAGCAAAGCAACCUUGCUAUCUGUCUUCACAGAGCCCAGCCCUCCUGUGCAGAUUACAGUCGACCAGGUCAGCAGCGAGUCACUGUCUCUGCAUUGGGAACCCCCUGCUGGUGAAGUGGAGAGUUACAUUGUGACUUGUUGCAGUGAGGGAGACAUUAUGAAAGAGACAACUGACACAAACAAGAUGACAUUCAGCAACCUGAAGCCAGGGGAGUCUUACUUUCUAGAGGUUUCUACAAAACUUCGGAAUGGAAGAAUAAGCAGGCCAACUGUAACGUCUGCCAACACAAAUGUUCCUCCACCAGGGGAAGUAACAGUUGUUGAUUCUGACCAGGACACAGUUUCUCUUGGCUUUCCACCCACUGAAAACUCUGCUGGGUUUAGACUACAGUUAGAUUACUCCUGUGAAACACACAGAGGCAGUUUGACUGUUGAUGACUCCAGCCCUGUGAAGGUUGAUGGACUGAUACCUGGCACUGAGUAUACCUUCAGCAUCACAAGGAUUGCAGACAAUGGAAAUCAAAGCAAAGCAACCUUGCUAUCUGUCUUCACAGAGCCCAGCCCUCCUGUGCAGAUUACAGUCGACCAGGUCAGCAGCGAGUCACUGUCUCUGCAUUGGGAACCCCCUGCUGGUGAAGUGGAGAGUUACAUUGUGACUUGUUGCAGUGAGGGAGACAUUAUGAAAGAGACAACUGACACAAACAAGAUGACAUUCAGCAACCUGAAGCCAGGGGAGUCUUACUUUCUAGAGGUUUCUACAAAACUUCGGAAUGGAAGAAUAAGCAGGCCAACUGUAACGUCUGCCAACACAAAUGUUCCUCCACCAGGGGAAGUAACAGUUGUUGAUUCUGACCAGGACACAGUUUCUCUUGGCUUUCCACCCACUGAAAACUCUGCUGGGUUUAGACUACAGUUAGAUUACUCCUGUGAAACACACAGAGGCAGUUUGACUGUUGAUGACUCCAGCCCUGUGAAGGUUUAUGGACUGAUACCUGGCACUGAGUAUACCUUCAGCAUCACAAGGAUUGCAGACAAUGGAAAUCAAAGCAAAGCAACCUCGCUAUCUGUCUUCACAGAGCCCAGCCCUCCUGUGCAGAUUACAGUCGACCAGGUCAGCAGUGAGUCACUGUCUCUGCAUUGGGACCCCCCUGCUGGUGAAGUGGAGAGUUACAUUGUGACUUGUUGCAGUGAGGGAGACAUUAUGAAAGAGACAACUGACACAAACAAGAUGACAUUCAGCAACCUGAAGCCAGGGGAGUCUUACUUUCUAGAGGUUUCUACAAAACUUCGGAAUGGAAGAAUAAGCAGGCCAACUGUAACAUCUGCCAACACAAAUGUUCCUCCACCAGGGGAAGUAACAGUUGUUGAUUCUGACCAGGACACAGUUUCUCUUGGCUUUCCACCCACUGAAAACUCUGCUGGGUUUAGACUACAGUUAGAUUACUCCUGUGAAUCACACAGCGGCAGUUUGACUGUUGAUGACUCCAGCCCUGUGAAGGUUGAUGGACUGAUACCUGGCACUGAGUAUACCUUCAGCAUCACAAGGAUUGCAGACAAUGGAAAUCAAAGCAAAGCAACCUCGCUAUCUGUCUUCACAGAGCCCAGCCCUCCUGUGCAGAUUACAGUCGACCAGGUCAGCAGCGAGUCACUGUCUCUGCAUUGGGACCCCCCUGCUGGUGAAGUGGAGAGUUACAUUGUGACUUGUUGCAGUGAGGGAGACAUUAUGAAAGAGACAACUGACACAAACAAGAUGACAUUCAGCAACCUGAAGCCAGGGGAGUCUUACUUUCUAGAGGUUUCUACAAAACUUCGGAAUGGAAGAAUAAGCAGGCCAACUGUAACAUCUGCCAACACAAAUGUUCCUCCACCAGGGGAAGUAACAGUUGUUGAUUCUGACCAGGACACAGUUUCUCUUGGCUUUCCACCCACUGAAAACUCUGCUGGGUUUAGACUACAGUUAGAUUACUCCUGUGAAACACACAGCGGCAGUUUGACUGUUGAUGACUCCAGCCCUGUGAAGGUUGAUGGACUGAUACCUGGCACUGAGUAUACCUUCAGCAUCACAAGGAUUGCAGACAAUGGAAAUCAAAGCAAAGCAACCUCGCUAUCUGUCUUCACAGAGCCCAGCCCUCCUGUGCAGAUUACAGUCGACCAGGUCAGCAGCGAGUCACUGUCUCUGCAUUGGGACCCCCCUGCUGGUGAAGUGGAGAGUUACAUUGUGACUUGUUGCAGUGACGGAGACAUUAUGAAAGAGACAACUGACACAAACAAGAUGACAUUCAGCAACCUGAAGCCAGGGGAGUCUUACUUUCUAGAGGUUUCUACAAAACUUCGGAAUGGAAGAAUAAGCAGGCCAACUGUAACAUCUGCCAACACAAAUGUUCCUCCACCAGGGGAAGUAACAGUUGUUGAUUCUGACCAGGACACAGUUUCUCUUGGCUUUCCACCCACUGAAAACUCUGCUGGGUUUAGACUACAGUUAGAUUACUCCUGUGAAACACACAGCGGCAGUUUGACUGUUGAUGACUCCAGCCCUGUGAAGGUUGAUGGACUGAUACCUGGCACUGAGUAUACCUUCAGCAUCACAAGGAUUGCAGACAAUGGAAAUCAAAGCAAAGCAACCUCGCUAUCUGUCUUCACAGAGCCCAGCCCUCCUGUGCAGAUUACAGUCGACCAGGUCAGCAGCGAGUCACUGUCUCUGCAUUGGGACCCCCCUGCUGGUGAAGUGGAGAGUUACAUUGUGACUUGUUGCAGUGACGGAGACAUUAUGAAAGAGACAACUGACACAAACAAGAUGACAUUCAGCAACCUGAAGCCAGGGGAGUCUUACUUUCUAGAGGUUUCUACAAAACUUCGGAAUGGAAGAAUAAGCAGGCCAACUGUAACGUCUGCCAACACAAAGACACACCUAGAGAGCUUUUUGGAAGAACUGGGGUUGGAUCACCACUACAAAGAGAAGCUAUCCCUAAUCACACUUCUCAGGAUUGAAGAGAAGACCAUUACUGAUGAACCGGCCAAGUGUAAUUCAGAUCUUCCAUGGUAUUUUCUGAAGAAACUAAUGAUGGUUAACGUGACAGCUAGGAAUGUGAAAUGUCCAAUUUCACAUGAUGAUCACACAUAUGAUCUUGAUAAUUUAGAUGAAAGUUCAAUUUCAGGUGACAUACUGAAUCCCCUUGACAUUGUCACUGCUCUCUUCCUGUGCUCUGAUGGUUUUGUUCAGCAGGAAAUGGCCCUCAAAAUGUCCAUGUGUCAGUUUUCCGUGCCUCUGUUGCUUCCCAACUGUGACACAAAGCAGUGUACACUCAUGCUUUGGGCCAUGAGAGACAUUGUUAAAAAGUACAGACCUCCGUCACUUUCAGAAUCCAAGGGAUUUAUUGAAGAGAGAAUUGUUGUCUCUGAACUUCCAAUGAUAUCUUUUGUGAGACUGGGUGAGUGCUCCUUGUCCAAGUCAGAGAUCCUCAAUAAGCUUCUGAGCAAUUCUCAGCAGUACCAUGACACAUUUGUUCACUCCAACAUGGAGGGUGGGGACAGUCCAAGGAGAAUAUCCAAUGGAUUGGUUGAAAUGACUUGGUACCUUCCUUGUGGGAACGAAAACAUGGAUGUCUUCAGUGAGCCAGUUGCUGUAGCUAACCUUCGUGGGGACAUUGCUUCAUUUGAAACACAAUUUGCUUUCUUGUGUCAGACAUCUGCAGCAGUUUUUGUGUUCUUUGAUGCUUUGGACUCUGAGUGUGAGCUGCUAACCAACCAAAACCACAAGGCCCAGAUCUUCUUGGUGGGUAACCGUCAAAACCAGGGUUUCAGUGUAGAUUCUGUAAAAAAGGUAAAAAACAAGUUGGUCUUAACUGACAGCAACAUCCUUUUGAAGACUAAGCGCAUGAAUGAUGCAGAAUUUGUUAACAUUUUGCGUAAAAAAAUCAGCAAUGUAAUUCAAAACUCAAAGAUGAAGAUGGGAAUAGAGAAGAUGUCUGACAUUGCCCAUGAACUAGGAAUCUGGGUGGAUGAAGACUCUCCAGAGUGCCAGAACGGCAAGAAGAACGCAGAUGCUAUCACUGCAGAAAUUCAAGACAUUCUUAAAUACAAAGAAGUUCAGCUUCCCUUGCAAGGCCAAAUAUGGAAGGACCUUACUCGCUUGGAGAAAGAAGAAUUCCGGCUUCGGAAAGUUGGGUCUGAAAAUAUAGAAAAGUACAAAAGUGAUCUUCAGCAACAGAAAAAACAACUUAGGAAAAAACAGAACUCUUUUGACGGGUCAAAGGCAAUGACAUGUUUCAUUAAGGCAAUUUCAAGCCCAGGGAUGGAGAGGUGCUAUUUCCUGAAAUGGUUGAGAAUGAACCUCGAUAACGUGUCUCGAGAAAAACUGUGUGACCUCAGGGAGCAGUACAAAGAAAAAUGCAAAAACUCUGAGAACAAAGAGGAGAUAAAGGAGAUUGAUCAACAACUUUCCAACAGCUCAUUAGGGACUGAACACUUCUUCCGUGAAAUGGGGCAGAUCUAUGAAGCUUCCCUUUCCCUUCCUGAAACAGAGCCAGCACGUCAACAACUACAGCAUCUCCCAAAGCUAUGUGCUGAGUUAAUGCUUGCUGGAUUUCCACUUGAGCUUGUAGAUGGAGAAGCAUCCAACAUACCUAUCGGAUGGGUGACUGACGUUCUCUCUCAGCUCAAUGACUUGGUGUCUCCUAAGAACAAGAUCCUAGUAGUCACAGUUCUUGGAGUUCAGAGCACAGGAAAGUCCACUCUCCUCAACACCAUGUUUGGAGUGCAGUUUGCAGUCAGCAGUGGUCGAUGCACUCGAGGUGCCUUCAUGUUGCUGAUUAAAAUCAAUGAAGAUGUCAGAAAAGACUUCAACUGUGACUUCAUGGUGAUCAUUGACACUGAGGGCUUAAAGUCACCAGAGCUCGCACAACUGGACCAAAGCCAUGAGCACGACAAUGAGCUUGCAACACUUGUUGUGGGGCUGAGUGAUAUCACCAUAAUCAAUGUUGCAAUGGAGAAUUCAACAGAAAUGAAGGACAUCCUACAGAUAGUUGUACAUGCUUUCCUCAGGAUGAAAGAGGUUAGCAAAAAGAAGCCCAAAUGUCAGUUUGUUCACCAGAAUGUGUCGGAUGUUUCCGCCCAUGACAAGAACUUGCGCGACAGGAAACUGCUCCUGCAGCAGUUAAACGAGAUGACCCAGGCAGCAGCCAAAAUGGAAAAGAAAGAAGAGUACUCAAGCUUCACUGAUGUGAUGGAGUACAGUCCAGACACAGGCAACUGGUACAUUCCUGGACUUUGGAAUGGAAACCCACCGAUGGCACCAGUCAAUGCAGGCUACAGCGAGGCUGUUUAUGAGCUCAAGAAGAACAUCAUCCACAUUUUGGGAAGUUGUGGAUCAUCUGCUAAUAAUAUCUUGGAGUUUACAGAGUGGAUGAAGAGCCUGUGGACUGCAGUAAAACAUGAAAACUUCAUCUUCAGCUUCAGAAACAGUCUCGUGGCUGAUGCAUACAUGAGGCUGUGCAAAGAAUUCAACAAAUGGGAAUGGGACUUCAAAAAAGAAAUGUACACAUGGGUUACAAAAGCUGAAACAGUAAUCUCCAACUUCGGUACACCUGCUGAUAAAUCUAACAUAUCUGAGAUGAUAGAACUUAUCAUGCUAUUGAAAAAUGAAGCUUUGACAGAGUUGUCUAAAUGGGAAACAAAGCUUCUUGGAAAUCUGGAACAGUACUUCAAACAAACACUGGGUCAUGUCUAUCUUGUUGAAGGAUACAGACAGGAGUUUGCAAACAGUGCAAAGAGCCUUCGACAAGAAAUGGAAAUAUCUGUGAAAAGCAAACUUACAGCAGCAGCUGAAAUCAGAAAGGGGAUGGCGAAACUUGAUAAACUCAAGGAAGAACACACAAAGGAAUUAGAGGGUAGAGUUUGUGUAUUGAUUGAAGAAUGUAGGAAGAAAAAAGUCCAGAUGACAGACAAAGAGCUGGACAAAGAAUUUGAAAAGAUGUGGACUAAAACAGUGAAGGAACUAUCCUUUACAAAAAUGAAGGUUGAGGACAUUUUCACCAGUGUGUCUCACCGCCUGAGAACAAAUCUAUCAACCAAGGGAAGUCACGUAAGUGAUUUGUUGAGUCAAAAAAGCCUGAAAGAAUGUGGACAGGAUAUUUUUAAAUAUAAACCUCAAGGAACCAUUGAGUGGUUGAAAAGCCUAUUCAGUGCACCAAGUCACACAAAGGCUGUACAAAAAAUAGCUGCCGGCAUCAUAAAAGUUUGCUCUCAGUUUGUAACUGACAAAGUGCAAAGAAAAGGCGAUUACCAUGAAACCUACAUCGAUGAGAUUUUAAAAACUAUUGAUGAGAGCCUGCAAAACAAUCACAAUGUUGGAACAGACAUCACUUUUGAAGUCUCUCUGAAACAGCACAUCUGUGGAGACGCAGCCAGAAGGUUUCAGAAGAUGCAUGAAGAUUUCCUCCAUGAAAAAGAUCCCUACAUAUGUCUGAAAAAAAACAAAGGAAAGUUUCUUGCUGAUUUCAAAGAUGUGUUCCAUAACGUAGACCAGUGCCAGAAGAAGGCAGGAGAAUUCACAGACCUCUGCUUGAAGCCUGCAGUCGAAUACUUUGUCAACCGUUCCCUGGGUCCUGAUAUCAUUGGUGAAAUGAGGACAAGUGAAGAGUUCAGCACAAGAAUGUCCUUCCAGUAUUCAGUUUUACUGGAUCUGCUCCCAAAGGGUGACUUUAAAAAGUACCAGAGCUUUAUUUCCUCUUAUGAGAAAUAUGUAAAGGAAUGGAUAUUCAACAAAAUAGUGCGACACUUCUCAAAUGGGUCUACGAUGUUUGAGGAACAACAUCUCCAGUCAUGUGUCAACAGCAUAAAUAAUGCUAUCCAGAAAGCUAAAACAGAAAAGAGUGGAAACUUAAAGUCAUUUGUUGUAGUUGUCUGUAAGGAACUUGGUGACAAACUGGUCAUUUCCCAGGAUGCUCUUGGGGCAUUCAUGAUCCUGAACAAGGCCAACCAGGAACAGUUUGCUCGCUGGCUCACUGAGUGUGUGACGGAGAUGGCACAAACUCUUAGAGAGAAGUUUAAGAAAACAGACAUCCAAACUAAACUACAGAGCCUUCAUGUGAAUCCUCAGGACGAGCUUUUCAACACACUGAUUGGAUGUGGUGAACAGUGUCCGUUCUGCAAAGCGCCCUGUGAGGCAGGAGGAACAGCCCACACUGAGCACUUCGCUUCACUUCAUCGACCAGAGGGUCUGGGUAAAUACAGAUGGAGUAAUACCAAAAAACUUUGCAUUGACAUAUGCUCUUCCCUAGUAAACAGUGACAUUACUUUUCACUGCAGGGAUACAAAUGAUCAAUCGCACCCUUACAAGGGCUACAAAGAAAUCUAUCCGGACUGGAAAAUCCAAGCAGAUGCAAGCCUUCAGGCAUCAGACUACUGGAAAUAUGUAAUGGCAAAGUUCAAUAAUGAGUUUGCACCAGCAUACGAUGCAAAGCCUGCUGAUAUUCCUGACGCUUGGAAAGAAAUCACACCAGAGCAAGCAGAGGCAAGCCUCAAAGAGUCAUUUCAUAUCAAAUGAGAAACUACAAGCUUCGUGCUCACAGAGGGUCACGUCCUCCUCAUUACAGUCAGCAUCCUCUCAUUUAGAUUACACUUGAUUUAUAUGAAGAGAAGCACACAAAGUAACAUGCUGUUUAUGAGAUGGCAAGGUUGACCAAAUAUUUCAACAACAACUUACAAGGAAUUUGUAAACGUUUCAGUUUGAUUCAAUCAGACUUUGAAUCCUACUUCUUUGGUUGUUAUUGUAGUAUCAAUUAAUUGUUAGGGAUUCAUUUUGUCUUUACUCCUAAACAUUUAACUUUAUUUUGUGUGUUGACAUGUACGACCAUCCCUGCUUCUAAUCUCCUGUAAGGAAUGUGUUGAUGCAGUCGUAUGUUGAUACUAGGUUUUACAGCUUGACCUACAGGGCAUAGGGAGGUUUUGCGAGUGUGAGAGCGCUAGUUUCUAAGCUCCAGAGAUGGGAGAGACAUCUCCUGUAUCUGCAGAUGUGUUUACGCCAUGGUUUACGCCCAUCCCCAAUAUGUGGAUUUGACUCUCUGUAAACUAGUUAAAAGGUCUACCAAGAUGCGAGGCUGAUCAGAUUUGACAUGACAACCCACCCGUGCAGUCAGAACCUUUUGCUGCUGUGACUUGUGAUAUGAAUUCUCCGGCCGUUGACUUGUAAUAAACUACCAGUGUUUGACAUCAAAGCUCCAACUCUCCUCGUGUCUCUCUGAGUCCUGACUCUCCAUUGCUGCAGAAGUUUCCCUUACAUUAAUCAAAUUCGAUUUGAUUUGAGUGUUUUUAUUUCCUUAAAGUAACUGAUGCACAAAUAUUUGUUUUUAGGUUUUUCUGUGGUUUAACAAUUUUAAUGUUUUAAAAUAUCAUUCAGUCUUUAUGUCAACAUGAAGAUUAUACAAUGUCUUUAUUUUUAUUUCAAAUAAGUAUCUGAUUCUUAUUAUUUACAUUUUUAUUGACACGUUUAUAAUUGUUGUCUUUUCAUUUCUGAGCUGCAUCAAAAGCCACACAUUUAGAUGUUUAAAUCAGUGAAUGAAUCAUUGUGUUUUAGUGGUGGUACAGUCAACAUGUAAACAUGACAGAAAGUCUGUUGUAAUCAAGUUCAGUUUGAUAUGUGACCGUUUCCCAGAGAGUUAGAAUCUAUUCUUAUUUUGUUUCCUUUAUAUAUUUACAUAUUCAAUGUUUAACAUAUCAUUCAAUCUAAAUGUCAAUAUGUAGAUUACACAUGCAGUUUCUUCUUAUCUUUUUGAGUGCUAAAUGUCAUUGCCUUACCAAAAAUCUGAAAGUCUUUCUUUGUAUUCCAUUUAAGUAUUUAGCUCCAAACAGGGACUAAAAAUCAGCCCGGGCAUCUCGACCGGGGGUCCGCCACUGGCUCCAAAUAUUUACAUUUUUAUGUUCAUGUUAUAUUUACUCAAAAAUGUAUUAUGCCAGUUUUCAUUUUCAAAUGCCACAUUUUUAACAUUUUUAGAUCAAUGAAAGGAUCAUUUAGUUCAUAUUCAGCAUGUAAACAUGACAACAAGUUUGAAUCAAGUUAAAGGUGAGGUAGUUCAUUUUGGAGAAACCGGCUCGAGAUCACUAGAAUUUGAAAAUACGCGCACAUGACAUGACCAAUGACCAAAAGGCUGACAGGCAGGUAGGCCAUCCAGUUAUUUUAGCCGGGCCGGCUCAGAUGAUUGGUCGUGCUUUUUACAGCGCUACGGCUUCCACAGAUGAUAUUUUUUAUGGAUUUUUUGUCAAAGCACUUCAGAUAUUCAUUGCUAUCGGGAUGUUAAGAGCAUUCCAUGGAAUAUAACAAAAAGUUUAUCUCGAACCGGUUUCUCAAACUUACCUACCCUACCUUUGAUAUAAAGAUGGUAUUAUUUUUGUGAAUAUUUAUUUUGUUGCAUUUUUUAUGUUUUAAAGAUAUUCCAGUCUAAAUGUCAACAUGUAGGUUAUCCUUCAGGUGGUUUUUCUUACAGUAUGACAUUUAAUUGUCUUUGUUCAAAAUCUAUAACCACUUUUUUUUCUGUCAUUUAAGAAUCUGAUAUCACAUAUUUACAUGUAUUACUCACUUAAAAGAUCAUUCAAUAUAAAAGUGCUAUUGUCAACAAGUAACAGCAUCAUAUAUGAUCUUUCUUUUACUCAGAUCUUCUAAUCUUUUGUUUCUGUGAAGUAUCUGAUUCUUUAUAUUUACGUAAUAAAAGAUACCAUUCAUUCUUUAUACUGUUCAUUUCUUUAUAAUGUUAACAUGUAUACUUACUACUGUUUACUAUUUCAAUAAAGAGACCACAUCUGCAGACUGGC